AUGCGUCUCAUCGAUGCUCUCACGCGGCAAUUGAAAUGGUUUGACGAUGACAAGAUCCCCAAGUAUGCGAUCCUAUCGCACAGAUGGGAAGAUGAAGAGGUGCUGUACGAAGAUAUGCGGAGCGGCAAUGCCCCGCGCAUGAAAGGCUAUGCGAAGCUUCAAAACGCCUGUGAACAAGCGCGGCGAGAUGACUGCCAAUACAUAUGGAUCGACACCUGUUGCAUCAACAAGGAUAGCAGCUCGGAGCUGUCGGAGGCGAUCAACUCCAUGUACGCGUGGUACCAGAAUUCCGAAAGAUGCUACGCCUUUCUGUCAGACGUCCAGCUACGCUCGGGUGAAAGCGUGGUCGGUGACGAUUUCGAACGCAGCGUGUGGUGGGAACGCGCGUGGACACUGCAGGAAUUGAUCGCGCCUGGGCAGAUCGACUUCUUCGAACACUCCUGGCGCCACAUCGGAACUAGGUCGACCUUACUGGACCGGAUCAGCAAGACUACAGGCAUCCACAAGAACGCGUUGCUCGAAAGAAGGCCACACGACUUCUCGAUCGCGCAACGGAUGUCUUGGGCUUCGAGAAGGAAAUCUACGCGGAGAGAGGAUGUUGCCUACAGUCUACUGGGAAUCUUCGAUGUCAACAUGCCAAUGCUCUACGGGGAAGGAAUGAAAGCCUUUGUACGCCUGCAGGAGGAGAUCAUCAAGCGGUCCGACGACCAGUCGAUCUUUGCAUGGGAAGCGUCGACGGAGCAACCACAGCUGCUGGCCGAGUCGCCUUGGGCGUUUCGAAACUGCCGGGAUAUCGUGCCAUGUCCCAUUCCUCACCACAGGCCAAGCCCCUACUCGCUCACCAACAUGGGGUUGGAGAUCCAAAUCCCGCACAUCCUCUGGUCGUUGAACACAUAUCUUGCGCUGUUGCUCUGCCACGAUCAAACCACCAAGCAUCACGUUGGGAUCUUCCUGGGCGUCAACGCGGGACCAGGACAACACGCGCGAAUAUUCCUCGACAAAGCCUCGAUCCAGUACAUCCGGCCAGAGCGAUUCAUCGAACUUGAGCUCCGACAAUCGGCGCAGCUCACCUACGGCACCAACGUCCCUACCCACGUGCAGCAAGAGGAACUUCUUAGGGCGUCACCGCACUCGGGCAAACUUCUGAUCCGCCAGAUUGGAUGGCACUGGACCGGCAGCCUGUACGGCUUCCGCCUGGGCGCCUGUUACGCGUGGCCCCGCGAACUCGAAGGCUCGGAACAGUUGACCGUCUACGCCCGCCGGUGGGAUCCGCGGACCAUGACCAUGGAGCUGCCGGACGGCUCGUACGGCACGGCCGGCGUGGUCGUCUUCCGCCACCCCGCGCGCUCACGCAACCCCUGUGUGGCCAUCAAACUUGGCUUCGACGUCGAAUUCCGCCCCGUCUGCCUCAUCUGGUACCACUUCCCGCCGCCCAAGACGGUCGACUAUCGCCCGCUCGAGACCCUUGUAGCCGAAGAACCACAAUCACCUCAAGAACUGGACAGGUUCCUCGAUUCGCGCUGGGUCGGCGGCGACGGCCAAGAAUAUGGCUCGCUUGGCGUAUCCGCGACCGAGUUUCCCGGCGUGACCUUUGACGGCAUGAAGCCCGAGUCUGAAAUGUGUUAUUUUACCGGCACGGACAGGCGGCUUUUGAAACAGCGAAACUCCCUGUUGGAAAGGACGGGUCUUUCGGUCCAGUUCAGUUAUGAGAUGAUACCCGCCCUGCGAGGCCGUCACGGGUGGGUGUUCAAACUGCUCUUCGAGAAGGACUUUCAUCCUAUACGAAACUAG